CGAGAGAGGGAGAGAGAGGCAGAUAUGGAGGUGCACAGACAGCAGCUGCGUGCAGAGUGCAGCAUGCAGACUGGUCACUGAUGCUGCUGUUGGACUGAACACACAUUGACAGACACACACAGCCCUGAGGAGUGUAUGAGACAUGCCCAAGCUGCUGUCCAUGGACACACACACACUGGCAGGGCACCAGAGAGGACAAACAGCAGACCCCCACGCCUGAGGAGCUAUGGAGAGCAGCAUGUUCUUUGGUAGCACAUGUCAAAAUGGCCUCAUGCCUGCCCUGGUGCGCCCCACUCUGCCUGCCGUCCAGACCUCACUGGGCCUGAAGCAGUUUCUCCCCUUUCCAUUGGAUACAGCCUCAGCAGUCAGCCUCUUCCCAGGAUUUAAUACGAUGGACCCGGUGCAGAAAGCAGUCCUCCAUCACACCCUGGGCCUCCCUCCCACCGCCAAGAGGAAGCAUGUCUCCUGCAGUGUUUGCCAGCUGAGGUUCAACUCUCAGAGCCAGGCCUUGGCCCACUACAGGGGAACCAAACAUGCCAAGAAGCUAAAAGCCCUGGAUGCACCGAAGAGUAAGCUCAAAGGCUCAGUGGUCACCAAGGACACUGCCAACCAGGAGAUCCCUAAGGGCAUCGACACCUUGCAGCUCCCUAGCAGCACAGACAAGAAAGAUGGUGUACACGGAGCAGUGCCCCUACCACUAUGCCCUGUGCUCAGACCUGCACAACCCUUGACAUCCUUGGCAACCUCUACAGCACCAACACACACACCUGUGGCCUCACCAAUUGUCCUGAGCACCACAGCAACCAUAGCCUCAGAGACUACCUCAGCUGCUAGAGGGGACGAGAGGCCUUCAAACCUCAACUCUCCUUCAGAACCAGACCCGGACCCUGAGCAUGAGGGAGAGACAGAUACAGAAACCGAGGAGGAGAAAGCGCGACGUCUUCUGUACUGCUCACUCUGCAAAGUGGCGGUCAACUCAGCGUCACAGCUGGAGGCUCACAACAGUGGUACAAAACAUAAGACGAUGCUUGAGGCCAGGAGCGGCGUGGGUUCCAUCAAGUCCUUCCCUCGGCCGGGAGUCAAAAGCAAAUUGGCUGCGUCCUCUAAAUCAUCAACAGGCUUGCAGAACAAAACCUUUUACUGUGAGACAUGUGAUGUGCAUGUCAACUCAGAAACUCAGCUAAAACAGCAUAUCAGCAGUCGGCGUCAUAAAGACCGAGCAGCGGGUAAACCAGCCAAGCCUAAAUACAGUCCCUACAGCAAACCGCAGAAAGGCCAAACCAAACAGCCGAUAAAGUUGACCUUGGGUAAGGAGCACCAGUGUCAGCCUCUGACUGCACAGAUCAUACCUGCUCACCUGGCAGCAGUGGCAGCGGCAGCGGCGGCCGCACACAACUCUUUCACACAUCGCACAAACCAUGCGACUAACCCCAGCCCAGCCCCUGCCCUGUUCCAGACACAAACCCUCCCUGCUGCACUGCUCCGCCCGGGCCCUGGGCCUGUCAGGACCUCCCACCCACCAGUCCUGUUUGCCCCUUACUGACCUGUUGGACCCAAACAGCGCUGCUCUGCCCCCCUCAAGGACUAAAUCAUGUGUUUCAUCCAGACCAAACCAAGGGGUCAUGUCAGCAACUGUACUCCUUCUAUGCAUCUGGUAUAGUGAACAUCUUUACAUCGUGAUCAAACCUCUCAUAUGGAUUAUUCUGCAAAGCUAAACUUAACAGAAUUGAAGCAUUUGGCGCUUUCUCAUGAUGGAUUUUUUAAAAAUUCAACCCCAGUGAAGACUACACAUACUUUCUGUGCCAUCCUGCAGCCCAUGGCUCAUACCCCCACCCCAGACUUGGACCCACAUCGUAUCGCAAUAAUGUAUAAGACUAACCUUGUGAACUAUGCAGUGUCAUUACUUCAUGAUGCAAGGCCUGGUUUGAGCUAAAAUACGGUGGGGAUAUGCUUUUUGUAAAGAGACAGCGUGGCCCUAAGAACAUUGCUUUGGUGGAGGGUUACUGUUGCUAAUAAUUUAAAUGGCUGAUCAUAGCGAGCAAAGACCUCCUCUCUCCCUGUAUGCACUUUAAGCCCCUCCUCUGUUGAUGUCUACAUUAGAUGGCUAGACUGUGAUAGAUGGUUAGAGUAUGUGUCGUAAAGUGUUUUUGAAUUCGUCCUUGCAUUAUCUUGUAGAUAUGCGAGUGUGUACUUCUGCAUGUGUGCGUAUGAGUGUGUGUGUGUGUGUGUGUGUGUGUGUGUGUGUGUGUGUGUGUGUGUGCGUGGGAGCUUUACAUCCACCAUAAGCCAUCCCAGACAAUAUCCAGCACACAUUGUCACUGACCAUGUGUCGAGUCAGAGGGACCACGAAGGCUUGUGUAUAUUCACUGUCAGUGUGUAAAAGGUGAACGAUUUCAAAUAAAAAGACUCCUAAUUUGCUAAUACCGGUGGCCAUGUGUAGUUCAGUCAGCACCGUUGCAUGUAGUCAUGGUACUGGGUGCUGCUUAAAGCAUCAACUGCUGUAUGUUACUUAAAAGUCAGUGAGCCUGGUGAGCCACAUGAUGAGUUUAUAGGACACUUACUAAUUCUAAUAAUAAUGCUCUAUCAACCAGUGUAGUGCUCUUCAUUCAGCUUUCAGAGAUUUCUGAAUAUUUGCUCUAGCUUCAUAGACAAAGUGCAAAAUUUAAAUUCAAAACACAGAAUCCUAAUGUUUAAUACAUGCAGGGCAGGAUUCAAGAGACGAUCACUAAUGUGCACUCCCAUUUAGAAUGCUAAAUUAAAUUUCAGAAUACAUCAUUAAAAUUCCUAACAGAAUUCCAUUUCCAUUACUAACAAACUAUAUCUGUGAAGGAUGGUCACUCUCCUUGUUUGUGUGUUUGUAAUACAGAAGCCAUUCUAUAAUCUUGAUGUAAAUGCUGCUGCUGGCAAAUGAUAAAUUAUGCAUAGUGUUGUAUUUAACUAGAAUGAGCAAACAGAGCAGAUAGUUCUACAAGUAAUGUGAAAUUCAUUACAUUUGGGUGAAUUCAGCAAAACAUUGUGGCAAACAGGCUGCUGUGGUACUGAAUGACAGAUGACCUAUUGGAAUAGUAGUACAGCAGAUUAUUGCCUGAAUAUAGCUAUUUUUACUACAACAGCUGCUCUAACUACAGCAGCAGUUAGGCACCUUAGCACUAAAGCAUUUACAGCAUCUGUACUACAUUCACUUUAUUGUUCCAAUUGUCGACAGAGUCCAUGCAGAGACAUGUUAGCAUGUCUCUCAGUACUUUCUAAUUACCCCAAGCUCAUUCGUUCUUAGUGGAACAAAUACAAGCUUUAACCAGUGGUGGAAGAAAAACUCAGAUCCCCUACUUAGGUAUAAGUAGCAAAACCACAGUGAAAAAAUACUUUGUUACAAGUGAAAGUCCUGCAUUCAAAAUGCUACUUAAGUAAAAGUA